CACGUAUCUCCGGUUGUCGGAGCCGACUUUCUUCCAGCUCAACAUUUCCGACUGCUCCCUUGUUUACCUCAGUAAGGCUUUGUCGGAUGCGUAUUAAGCAUCAGGGAAUGACUUGUAUGGCCACUUAUGCAGCGGGAAGCCCACAACUGGAUGGUGAUGAGAAUCCAUAUGAGGUUCUUGGCGUGAAUCCAAUAGCAGGAUUUGACAUGAUGAAGGCAGCAUAUACAAGGAGGAGGAAGGAUGCUGAGAAAAGAGGUGAUGAAGCAUAUUUGGCCAAAUUAGAGAAGGCAUAUGAUAAAAUAAUGAUGUCACAGCUUACAAGUCGGAAGAAAGGUCUCACGUUUGGGCAAUUCCAGGUCUCAAAGGAUAUCAAGUUUGCUGACAAACAACCAAUUGUACCCUGGGGGCCCAGGUUUUCAAAAUCUAGCAUUAAAGACAUGCGGAUCAAUAUGGCUAUUUCUGCUGCCUUUGCAAUAUGGAUUUUUGUCAAGCGUAAUGCUGAAUGGAGGCCUCUGCAAUUUCUGGCUUUCAUUUUUUUUUACCGCAUUUUUGAGAAGUUGAAAGCUUUUGAACCAGCAGUCUCUCCUACAUUAAAUGAGUAUGGUGAGGAUGAAGGUAGGGGCUUACGCAUGGGAAAACGCAUGCUUCGCUCUCUUUCACUUGUGUUUGGAUGUAUUGCUGUUUCUUCUUUGGGGUACACAGCAAUUUUGAAUUUGAUUGAGUGGCUGGGACAUUACAUACCUGUGUUUUUGUACAACAAUCAGGAAUUGAUUGUUACUAUGGCAGCAUCAAUUAUGCUCUAUAUCAUGGCUUCAUACUACAAAUAAGAACAACUGGAUCAUGGCCUGAUUUGUGAAAUUUUGACUGCAAUAUACAGACACUUUUUCUCUUUGUAAAUUUUAAUGGUUUUGUUGAUUUUGUUAUUCAUUAGUUGUAUAAAUUUUAAUGAUUUUUUUGGUUUUUUUGAUUUUGUGAUGACACAACUAACCUAUGAAA